AUGCAAAGGUGUUGGAGGCCCGUCUUUCUGCAAGCAGCAGGUACGAGGGCUCAUCUGACCCCUGCACAGCUCACAUUCCAGGAAAACCCUGAAGAAAAGGUGGCUGCACCGCAGCAAAGUGGCACUGGCUCGGGAACUACGCAACAUACCCGGAGCGCCCCAAAGGAGAAACAUGGUGGUUAUACCUGGGGGCAGUUCUGCGGGCUAAUGUGCCUGGCUCAUUGGCCUCAAUUGGCUAUGGACUCUGGGUUAAGGUCUCGGGCGGGCACAAAGGGUCUCUACUAG